UGAACACCUGACUCAUGUCUGGAAGAGAGAGAUCACGAGAGAAAGAAAGAGAUGCUCAAAUGACAAAAAGAGAAGAAACGGACAGAGAUAAUACUCAGAUUAAUGUAAUGGAGAAAUCAUUUCCUCAGUGGGAGCUUUUAAAGCCUGAGGAAAUAAAUAUCCUGGUCACACUCUCCGUAGACCAAGUGCAGUUACAGUUUGAGAAUAUUCUGCAUUUCAAAAACCACCAAACAUGUUUAAAAGAAGCUGCGCUGUUGGAGUAUUUUGUCAAUGGAUUUUGGUGGGCCAAAGAGAUGAGCUUCACUUCUGAGCAAAUCUCGUUUAUCAUGGCACUUUUACAGCAACUUAUCAACAACAUUAAAAACAAACAAGCAUCAUUUGCUGAUAACUUCAAGGCAUUUACCCAAACAGUGCUUUCCACAAGGCAGUCUCCAUCAACAAAAGAUUUUUUAUUCAACAACGAUCAAAUCAAGGCCAUCACAGAUUACUUCAAGACCAGUCUUUUCCAGCACUACCGACUAUAUGAAUUGCUGUUAAGCCACAGCAGAGAGAAGCAACUCCUGAAAACAGAGAAAUGCAUUGAGGUAAUCAACCCGGCUGAAUUUGCCGCCCCUUUAGAAGAGGGCUUUCCUGCAGAUCUCUACUUCCAUUACAUGGCUCCCCCAUGUGUGCAAACACCUGAGCAGGGCUCGCCGGAAUCGCACGAGGAAAACGUAAAAGAACCAGAAAAAGCUGAGCUGGAAGAAAGUGCUGGGAACCACGAGGGCUUCAGUGUGGAAGAUGUUCGAGAGGCGCUGGGGGAAAUGACCCAGGAGAUGCUAGCAAAACUACAGGCCGACUUCACAGAGAAGCUGCGAGUUCAUGAGGAGACCUACAUCUCGAGGUUAGAGCGACUUCAAAAAGCCUCUUCCAAAUAGCACUGAUGAGACGCCAAGAGGAUUUUUCCCACCGGUAUUUAUUCAUUCAUUCAGAACGGGUCCGGAAAUAAAACGGAACACGAUUUAUACAGCCAAAUACCCUUCGUUUGCUGAAAAUUUAUCUCCCAUGUUAAGCAAAACUGAUUUAUUAGUUUGUAAGAUGAUGAUAACAACCAGAAUUAAUGACUGUUGGGUGAUGUUGAUUUAUUUAGCACGAUGAUAAAUAUGAAAUGCAGGGUCAUAUUUCUAAUUUCUAAUUAAAGAGG